GAAGAAAGGGGGGCGGGGCGUUCAGGGCCGUCCGGAUCGCUUCAUGCGGAGGCAUCCUGCCCGGGGCCCCGGUGUUUGUGUUUGCGUCGCCGGACAGAGUGAAGCGGAAGCUGGCAACGAGCAACUCAGCCCCCGGCACGAUGGAGACGGCGCCUCAUCCCGUCAAACUUUACGUCUACGACCUGUCCCGAGGACUCGCUCGUCAGUUCAGCCCCUUGAUGCUCGGAAAACAACUUGAUGGAAUAUGGCACACUGCAAUUGUUGUUAAUGGUGAAGAGUUCUUCUAUGGAUCAGGUGGAAUUGCCAACUGUCAGCCGGGCGGGACAUUACUUGGACCACCUGACUCUGUCAUUGAUCUUGGCACCACAGAAGUGACUGAGGAGUUAAUCAUGGACUAUUUAUCAUCUUUGGGAGAAUCAUCCUUCAGGGGAGAAUGCUACAAACUUUUUGAACAUAACUGCAAUACAUUCAGUAAUGAAGUGGCCCAGUUUCUUACUGGGAAGAAGAUUCCAUCCUAUAUCACAGACCUACCUUCUGAGGUUUUAUCAACUCCCUUUGGGCAGCUCAUUAAGCCACUCCUAGAGUCUGUUCAGAUUCAGCCAAAUGGAGGAACCAGUAUCAAUGAAAAUAAUCAGAGCUAAUGAAACCGUUUCAAAGUGCUGCUGUCUGUGGAAAAUAUGUGGUCACCAGCCUCGCAGAACUUAGCAGUGGUAUCAAGAAAAAUGAAGAUUUCCUUUCACAAGUAUCUUUCAUCAUACUUAACAUAGGUAGAACAGUUGAAAAGUGGUAGAAAAUUUCUUUUCUAAAAUGCUGUUUAAAAUGUGCAUAUACAUACUUUACUGACUUUACAGUGCAAUAUUCUGAUUUUCUUGCUCCUUUGUUAGCUGUCUUUGAAUGAACUGUGUUAAUAGGCAUUUGAGACAUUGCAUUCUUUCUUGCAAUACAAUAAUUUUAUCUGUACCACCACCUGUCCUCUGGAUUAUUCCUGAAAUAUACCACCAGCAUGGACAUGUUAGUAUUUAACCACUGUAGUGCCAGUUUGAUUGUCAGUGCAUCAAUCAAUGCAAUGGAUAACUUUCCAGUGUCGUCACUGGACUUAUUUAUUAAAUGUUUUGCAUAUUAGUGAUAUGGGGAAGGGUAAUGUAAUUUCAGUCACUGCACUUUCCAUGUCAUAUAAUUGACUUAAUUGCUCAUCUCAAAUUGCUUGCUGUUUGUACCACACUUGUGAAAUUUGCUCUAGGCUCUCUCAUUUGGGUUCCUUUGUCAGUUCCUGUUUCCCCAGUUCAGGAACUUGUCCAUUAUUAUAUCUUGAAGGCGGCACAGAUUUCUGAGUGCCUUUUUUUUCCUUCUGGCACAUUUUCUUGGCAGUUUAAAUAUUUGGGUCUCAGUGACAUCCUGGUAAUGCUGUGUUCAUAGCACAAUUCCUGUUGGGUUUGGAGCAAAUCUCAGUACUUGGAUUCAAUUUGUUAUUUCUUUAUUUAGCUUUGUUAUUUGUUAACUCUCUUAUUCUACUGACCAAGUUUGAAUGUGUAUUGUGUACCUAUAAUAUAUUGGUUGAAGAAUAGAGUCAGGCCAGGUCUCCAAGUUUCAGACUACCUCAUGAUCAUUUAUUACUGUUCUGUCAGUUUGCUCCCAUUGUUUCUGUUGUCCAGAAUAUGGUGCAGAACUGCAGAGUGGUUCCCAGUUAAACAAGAGGCUUUCCUUUUCAGCUGGCUACUUGGUGGUUGAUAACACUGGACAACAAUUUUUUUUUCCAAAAGCAAUACUUCCUCAAAAGUUUUUUUUUAUGUAUGAUCUUGAAACUAAACACAAAUAUAAUUUCAGACUAUUUGUACCAUGUAGGAAUUUGGAGAAACAAGAAAUUAACUUUUAUUGAAUAUAAUGCAUUUAAUUAUAUAAUGGUGCAACUAAGCUAAAAAUGUUGAUGAUUUUUGUUUUGUGCUCAGUGCCUGAGGAUUCUCACUUAAGUGUUCAACAAUAAUCAGCCAGUAUUGAUGGAUUACAGUUGUCCUGAUACCGUUUCUCCAUGACUGCAAUGUCCUGGUGAAACCUUUCCCCAUGCUCAUCACUAACAGUGCCAAGAUUUGCAGGGAUUAAGUCUAAAUGGGAAUGCAGGAAAUUAAUCUUUCAUAAUAUGUUACACUUCAUGGUUUUGUAUGCUUGAAGCAUGUUGUCAACCAGCUGCACAUAGUUUGGUGCUCUGUAGUUACCAAGAAGAUUUUCAAUAGCAUCCUUGAAUGCGUUCCAUGUAAUUUUAUCUGGUCCUACUAGACAUUCUUCAAAUUACCAGUCAUUAAUGACCUGUUUGUUUUAUGGACCAACAAAAAUGCCUUCCUUAAUCUUGGCAUCAGUUAUUCUGACUUGAUUUAUGACUUGAAAUAACAAAUACAGGCAAUUUCAAAACAAAAUUUGUGUAAUAGGAAAUUUCAUGGUGAUUUUCAUGAUCAGCAACCCAAAAUCCACAAGAAACACCUGAAAGUAUUCGGGAAGCAAAAUCUUUGUUGUCCAGUGUAGGUGUUGGUAGGCAGUUUAACCAUUUGAUUGUAUUUCAUUAAUUGUAAUUCACUUGGAGACCAGCCUGUUAAGCACAGAGCAGGGAGUUCAUCAUUCCCUGUAUUUUUUAAGAUCUGUUAAAUUCUUCUUAAGCCCAUGACCCCAAAUGGGGCAUAGGCUGCUGACAGCAGCUCACCAGAGUCCUCAGUCCCAGGCCGAAGAUUUAUCAGCCCUGUGACUUCUGCUUUCACCACACAAUUUCAUACAUCUCCUAGGUGACGAUCCUUCCUCUCCCUGGGAUGAGGCUUUUGAAGCCUCUCUUGGCAUUUCUGUAACUCUGGGUUUUUAACGGGAUGGGUUGCUAGCCCUAUGCCCAGCCCUCCUUUUGUAACUGGGCUUGGGACCAUCUAUGCCAGACUUAUCUGUUCAAUAAGACAACCAAAAGCUGUUCCAGUGGUUGAAAUCGAACAGUCUGGGACCGUCAAGAUCGCAGCCUUCAAUAUCUACUCUGAUUUCACCUAGACUGUGUUAGUUUGGUGUUGCAGAAUAAUGCAAAGUCUAGGUCAGAAUCGUUCAUUAAUUGCCAAUCUGUAGGCUCAGCCCUUGUGGUGCUAGUGAAAUGUUGCAGAGCACGAUGGAAUCGGUUCCUAGGUUAUCCACUGUCCAUGUGAAGACCUGUAAAUUAACAAGGGCAAAUACUGGAUAAUAAACAGAAACUGCAGGCUCUGUUGCUAAUCAUGUUACCUCUGCCUUUUUUUGGACUAGAUUAACUGUUUGAUGACUAAAUGGCAGCAGACGUUGAGAUAUACAAGACAUUCCUGUGUACUAUGUGAGGGCGGGCAAGCUAUUAUAAAUUGGAAGUGACAAGACUGGGAGCUAGUCUGUGCUUCCUGUCAAAUGGCUCUGGUCUCUGGGGUUUGCUAGAUUGAAAAUAAUACUUCUAUGAGUUCUGUGAAAGUAGGUUUCGUCUCCUGGUUUGUAGGUCUGCUCUCAAUAUCAUGAUGGUAUCUGCAAAAUUUCUCAGCUGUAAACCAGACCAGUUUAAAACGCCAGCUAAAACUUGAGUCCACUGCAGUACGGUGGAUAGUAAACCACUGAGUCUCAUUUCUCACAGUGAAUUUGUAAACAUUGGGGUGUCUGGAACUAAUUGUUUGGCUUAUUACGAGUAGUAGGAAACUUGUAUUGUGCAUUGCUUACAGCCUUGCGUGUGAUGGGAUAGCAUUGCUGCAUGGGUGCUGCAUUGUAGGAGUGGGAAAGGAGUUGUUAUGGGUUGUAAUCACCUGUAUUACUGAAUUCCAUGAUUAAUUAUAAAUGAUUUUCUUUUUGCGUCAGUUCAAUUGUUAAAUCUCAUACUAUUUCCUCCUUCCAAGCUUUGUUUUCCACACUAAGGGUUAUAAGUGAUGCAAAACAUUUCCGCCUCUAUCAAUACAAAUUCCUUUCUAUAUAACUAUCAAUGUUACAGGAUGAUCAGUCCCUUUAGCCAGUGCGAGGAGACAGACGACGGCAGUUUACCCAUGGGCUCCGCAGUGGAAACUAGUCUGUGACCUUGUUCACUUUGAACUGGGUAAACGUGAUCUUACACCCUUGGAGAAAGCAUGGAAGAAACGGAGAUAUUUCUGAUCUUUGAGCUUUUGCCUGUGCAAUGCUUGCAAACCAGGCUGCAGGUGAAAGCCAAGAAUCCAGUUAGUAAUAUGUCUGUCAGCAGUAGCUUUGGUGUCCUGAAAGAUUGCUUUACCUUGGCCAUUUAGUGGAAAGUUUCAAUGUAAAUCUGAAAGUGUAUGAUGUAAAGUGCCCCCUUCAUUGUCCGUAACCAUCUCUAGGUCAGCCAUCUGUACAUGGUCCUAUGUGCCAAGAGGGUUUCAAGGGCUCCUACUGCCUAUAGAACAGCAGGUUGAGAGGAGAGGGGGGCAUCUGAGAUUAGCCUAUUGAGGUUUCGUCUUUGUGCUCCACGACUUCGCAUAAAGUCAGGAUUUAAAUACUGGUGUUCAAUAUCACUCCCACGCUUCCUGACAUAUGCCAAGAGAGGAGCGCGAGUUAAUGUUUCGGGUUGAUAUGGUCAAACGAAACCACAACUAUCUGGACUAAAUUGGAUUACUGUUAUGGAUUUUAUGGAAAAUAUUUCUUCCUUUUAAUAAAUAUUUACAUGUAUCUAAAUAGUGGCCCCAAUUGGUAGAAUUUAGCUCCUGUAAACCAAUGAUUUAAUAUCACUUAAAGUAACAGACUAAAAUGUUGCAAGUCCAUUCAAACUAAAGACAUGGAAAGUAUAUUCUUAGCAUUUACUAAGAAAUUUUAAUUUGCUGUUCUUAAGAGGCAUUGACUGGAAGAUGAGGUAAAGCCAAUUCAUUGCCAAGUCGCAGUAUCCAUUCAAAUUCAUUUGCUCAUUACAUAUCUGUAGCAGUUCACCUUGCUUUUAUGCUUUUACAAAGGACUCAUUUUCAGUUGUGUUAUUAAUUUUUAAUGUCAUGAUUACUCCUUUAGCCACUGAUUUGAAAACAUGGUGAUUUCUCGGUAUCCUAUUACCCAGUUAUGUUACAAAGCUGCUUGCUGCUGGAAAUCUGCCAUUAUUUAUAUUGAUUCUUCCCCAGGCUGUCGGGUUUAGCAGUUCAUUUUGUGCAGAUUACUGUUUAUAAUUUUGUGUUGUAUUCAUUUCAUCACUGAAUCUGAAUGCCUCUCACUGCAUUGUCUUGAUGGAAAGGAUGGAUGCUUUAUGACAUUGCUUAUGUUUCUAGUACCUGGGAGUAGCUCCUGUCCGUUGAUUGUGAAGUGACAUUGGGUAUCCCUGUUCACCUGCAACAGUGAGCAUCCACAAUUAUUGCCGAGGAGCUGGGUGGGACACUUGUCAUUCUGAAAUGCCCUGGAGGGGAUUUGGAGCAGCCUUUCAUAUUUAGUCAUUGACAGAAUUAUUGUUUAAUUUGUAGCCUAUGCAACUGUUGUAGUGGGACAGUUUCUCCUCCUCUCCCCCCACAGAGGGCAUAGAGUGAAACAGUGAAAUGUAGUUGCUGAAUAUCCAAAGUCAAUCUGUGGAGUAAUAUGAUUGUAAUUCAGAAACUCGUCAGUCAGGUUCAUGUAGUUGUUAUGCAGUUCACUUGAUUCAGUCUCCUAUGAGUGAACUCGCACUGUAAUAUGGGCAGGAUCCAUCUUCUCCCUGUUGCUGUCUUGCACUGCCUAUUCUGUGAUGGGAGGCUGUAGCAGUGUCCUGGCUUCCUCCUGCAAACCUGGAGGGUUAAACUGUCCACUUACCAUUAGAGGCUGCCAUGGGGAUGCAGUGUUAGCUUCCUGCAGAGUUGUUUCACCAUUUACUUGACCCUUCUAGCUCACAGGGAUGUCUACAGAAAAGGGAGAACAUUACUAGUUUUGGCACAAUACUUGGAGAGAAUUGUUGGUUCAGAUCAAGGCCUGUGUACUUGUCAAUACACUGAAACCUAUCAAUGUCUCUUGAACUGCCCUAACUAGUUAGUUCUCAGCUGAAAGACAAUUGGACCAGUUAAUGCUCUUCCCACAACCCUGAGAAUGAAGCAACAGUCAAAUCAAAUACCUGAAUCUGCACUGAGUUUACAGUGUUGCUGUACUGUUAGAAUGUGAAAUAAAGUAGGGUAUAAACAGACAACAUUUUAGUCACCUGAACUCUUAAUCUCACAUCCAGGGAACAGUUUUAAUGCUGAAGCUAUCUGGUAAAUGAAUAUUAAAAAUGGUGGGUUUAAAUCAGUGUUGAAUGAAAAUUUUGGUGGCUGACGAGUAGUUUCCACCUUCAGUUUUGAUACAAAAAAUUGAUCAAAUUCUCAUUGCAUCAUAGAGAUCAAGAAAAGCUGUACUUGUUGAACAAUUGUGCUUUAAUUUGUUGAAAAGAAGUUACCUGACAAUUUGGCUGACGCUACCGUAUAACCAGCUGCCUGAAAUAUCCUGAAUGAAUUGUGCUCUCUGUCUUGCCCUGACAGAGUGCUUAUAUGAUAGAUCAUUUGCACAGCAGUGUUUUUAAACAGUGCACAUUCCACAUCACGUUGAACUGCACGUGAUCUGCUUUACCUUUCUGAAGUUUGUGGCCCUUUCUUCCUGCUACAAUGUUCCUUAUACCUUAGCUUUGCACUCCAACUUGAUUCCUCUGAACCAGGAGAGUUUUAAAUGUCAGUUUGUAAAUUUGUUUUUGCUUCAAAUAAACUGCAUUUGCUGCUCACUGUUUCAUUGUGUUUUGAUGAGAUAUCUUUCUGAUUUUUGCAUAAGCUACCAUUUACAAGGACAAUAAAGAUUUUUAAAAUAAAUUUGUUGAUGUUAUCAUAUUAACAUCUGAAUGACAAACUCUACAUUGGUAAGUGUGAUGUAAGCAAUAAUGUCUGUAUGCACCAUAUCUUUGUGCAUAUAAUUUAUAAAUAUUUCCAAAAUAAAUUCAGUA